AAACGCGCACACGCGACACACCAGCAGUACCGCCCAUCCACUCCGCCCCCGCCCGCCCGCAGUCUCCCCACCUGGUCAAACCACCCCCCACCACCACCACGGCCUCCACCACCAAUCCGCCAUGCCGCCCUCGCUCCGCCUCCUCCUGCUGCUAGCCCUGGCCCUAGCCCUCACCCUCCCGCCCGCCGCGCCGCAGCCGGCGCCGGGGUCGGCGGCGGAGCCGCAGGAGGACGACGCGCGGUGCCUCAAGGGCGUCAAGGCCGACCUCAGGGACCCCGAGGGCCGCCUCACCUCCUGGACCAGCAACACCUCGGCGGGCGCCGUCUGCGACUUCUCCGGCAUCUCCUGCUGGAACCCGCAGGAGUCGCGCAUCCUCGCCGUCUCCCUCUCCGGCUUCGGCCUCCAGGGCAAAAUCCCCCCCGCGCUCCAGUACUGCCGCUCCGCCAACACGCUCGACCUCUCCUCCAACGCGCUCGAGGGCCAGAUACCCCCCGCGCUCUGCGACUGGAUCCCCUUCGUCGUCAACCUCGACCUCUCCGGCAACCGCCUCACCGGCCCGCUCCCCUCCGAGCUCGCCAACUGCCGCUUCCUCAAUUCGCUCAAGCUCAGCGACAACGCCUUCUCCGGCCAGAUCCCCGCCUCCCUCGCGCGCCUCGACCGCCUCAAGGCGCUCGACCUCUCCGGGAACCGCCUCGAGGGCCAGAUCCCGUCCCAGCUCGGCUCUGCCUUCUCCAAGGACUCCUUCUCCGGGAACUCGGGCCUCUGCGGCCACCCCGUGUCCUCGCGCUGCGGCAGCGGCCUUGGGGGCACCGGCCUCGGCAUCGUUAUUGCUGCCGGGGUCUUCGGCGCCGCCGCUUCGCUGCUCCUCGCCUUCUUCUUCUGGCGAUGCACCGGGAAGGGCAAGGCUGGCCGCCGCCGCCAGGGCCGCGGAGGAAGCGAGUCGGAGGUCACUGCGGCCGAGGACGGGAGCUGGUGGGCGGAGCGCCUGCGGGCUGCACACAACCGGCUGGCCCCGGUGUCCUUGUUCCAGAAACCGAUCGUCAAGGUCAAGCUUGCCGACCUGCUGGCAGCCACACAGGACUUCAGCACAAGCCACAUCGUGGUGGCGGGGAGCUCGCGGGCAGGGACCGCAUACCGGGCCGUGCUGCGCGACGGGUCCGCGCUGACGGUGAAGCGCCUGCACUCAUGCCCUCUCUCAGAGAAGGCGUUCAGGUCGGAGAUGGGGCGGAUUGGGCAGCUGCGGCACCCCAACAUCGUGCCGCUGCUGGGGUUCUGUGUUGUUGAGGAGGAGCGGCUGCUGGUGUACAAGCAUAUGGAGAGUGGGGCUCUUUCCAAGGUGAUGAAGGAGCCAGGGGAGACAUUGCUGGACUGGGCGACGCGGCUCAGGAUUGCUGUUGGGGCGGCGCGCGGUCUUGCGUGGCUGCACCAUGGUUUCCAGAUGCCACAGAUUCACCAGAACUUGAGCUCGAGUGCGGUGCUUCUCGACGAGGACUAUGAAGCUCGGAUCACAGAUGUUGGGCUCACAAGGCUGGUCCGGAUGGCGCCAGGUGAAGGUGGAGACACAAGCCCCUUCCUCAAUGGUGACUUCGGGGAGUUUGGGUAUGUUGCCCCAGAGUAUGCUAGCAAUCCAGUUGGUACCAUGAAGGGCGAUACAUAUGCGUUUGGGGUCAUACUAUUGGAGCUCGUGAGCGGGCAGGAGGCUGCCUCUGUAUCAAGUGAUGUGGGUGAAGGAUUCAAGGGGACACUGGUGGAUUGGGUAUUUCAGCUCAAGAGCACCGGACGAAUCGCCGAUGCCGUGGAUAAGUCAUUGAAGGGCUCUGAUGCAGAGAUCAGCGAGUUCUUGAAGGUGGCUUUUCAGUGUAUCGUGGCGCGGCCAAAGGAGAGGAUCUCAAUGUACAGGGUUUACCACUCUCUGAAGAGCAUUGGAACGGGCCGUGAUGUCUCGGAGCAGUUUGACGAAUUUCCGCUGGCCUAUAACAAGGACGACUCGGACACCUGAUGGCGGCGAACGCCUCGGAUGGAUUGUGAACCGCUUGGUCAGGCUUAAUAUGCUACUACUUGCGUAGCUCUGGCUGUUGAAUUGAUCGAGAGCACGCCGAGACAUCCAUGGCAAAACCAUUAUUACUGCCGGAUAAUCAGUUCGAUCAUGGCACCGUCUCAUGGUGAGAUAAUCAUGUAAGCUGUAAGAUUAGUCUGCAUUGUCUCUUUAAGUUAUUGCUAGUGCUUGUAGUAUCUCGGUGGAACUGUAAUUCUUGUUGUGUCUAAAUUCUGAUAUCACCUUCUUGGAACAACUGGCCUGCUCUCCAGUCCCCUAUACAAAUGAGACUGGCAUUCAAAAAAUUGAUCGUCUAUCAAUUUAUCUUAAUUUUACAGGAA